GAUGAUUUUCUUUACUGUGCAGAAGCUUUUUAGUUUGAUGUAGUCCCGUUUGUUAAUUUUCCUUUUGGUGUCAAAUCUAAAAAUCAUCGCCAAGACCAAUGUGAAGAAGCUUACUGCCUGUGUUUCCUUCCAGGAGUUUUAUGGUUUCAGGCCUUACAUUCAAGUCUUUAAUCCAUUUUGAGUGAAUUUUUGUGUAUGGUGUAAGAUAGUUACUUACUAGACUUUGAGGGAAAAGGAGACAUCAAGGAUGACCUCCCUGAUUCUGCGUGGCUGGAGAUGCCAUUCCUGGGACAAGUCAUACUGGAAGUGGAACCGUUGUUGUGGGGACGUUAUUUGUGACCCAGAAGGAGGUCUUCGACCUCAGCUGUGGCUCCCGGUGCUGGCCAGAAGCCAACUUCAUGUCUGAGCGCACGAGCAGCAGUUUGCCAUGGAGAGCUUGGGGCUGCAGACGGUGACCCUCAGUGAUGGGACGACGGCCUACGUCCAGCAAGCUGUCAAAGGGGAGAAGCUGCUUGAAGGGCAGGUGAUCCAGCUCGAGGAUGGGACUACGGCAUACAUUCACCAAGUGACGGUGCAGAAAGAACCUCUUUCCUUUGAGGAUGGACAGCCUGUGCAGCUGGAAGAUGGCAGCAUGGCCUACAUACACCACACACCCAAAGAGGGCUAUGACCCCAACGCCCUGGAAGCCGUCCAGCUGGAAGACGGCUCCACUGCCUACAUUCACCACCCUGUGGCUGUGCCGUCAGACAGCACCAUCCUGGCCGUGCAGACAGAGGUGGGCUUGGAGGACCUAGCCGCAGAGGAUGACGAGGGCUUCAGCACAGACACAGUGGUGGCCCUGGAGCAGUAUGCCAGCAAGGUUCUGCACGACAGCCAGGCUCCCCAUAAUGGCAAAGGGCAGCAAGUUGGGGACAGAGCAUUCCGCUGUGGCUACAAGGGCUGCGGGCGUCUCUACACCACUGCUCAUCACUUAAAGGUACAUGAAAGAGCUCAUACUGGUGACCGUCCAUACAGGUGUGAUUUCCCCAGCUGCGGAAAGGCCUUUGCCACAGGUUAUGGACUGAAGAGCCACGUGCGCACCCACACUGGUGAGAAGCCAUACAAGUGCCCAGAGGAGCUGUGCAGCAAGGCCUUCAAGACCUCAGGAGACCUGCAGAAGCACGUCCGGACCCACACCGGUGAACGCCCAUUCCGGUGCCCCUUCGAGGGCUGCGGCCGCUCCUUCACCACAUCUAAUAUCCGCAAGGUACAUGUGCGCACCCACACGGGCGAGCGGCCCUACACCUGCCCCGAGCCCCACUGUGGCCGUGGCUUCACCAGCGCCACCAACUACAAGAAUCACGUGCGCAUUCACACAGGGGAGAAGCCAUACGUUUGCACGGUGCCAGGCUGCGGGAAGCGCUUCACCGAGUACUCGAGCCUGUAUAAGCACCAUGUGGUGCACACACACUGCAAGCCCUACACCUGCAGCACCUGCGGCAAGACCUACCGGCAGACCUCCACCCUGGCCAUGCACAAGCGCAGUGCCCACGGCGAGCUGGAGGCCACGGAGGAGAGCGAGCAGGCCCUUUAUGAGCAGCAGCAGCUCGAGGCCGCCUCUGCAGCCGAGGAGAGCCCGCCACCCAAACGACCCCGCAUUGCUUACCUUUCGGAGGUGAAAGAAGAGGGUGAUGACAUCUCAGCCCAAGUGGCCAUGGUGACAGAGGAAGAUGGGGCCCCCCAGGUGGCUCUCAUCACUCAGGAUGGUGCCCAGCAGGUCAGCCUGUCCCCAGAAGAUUUGCAGGCCCUGGGGAGUGCCAUCAGUAUGGUGACACAGCAUGGCAGCACCACCCUCACCAUCCCCAGUCAUGACGAUGACCUUGCCACAUCUGGCACACAUACAGUCACCAUGGUCAGCGCUGAUGGCACCCAGACGCAGCCCGUCACAAUCAUUACCUCCGGGGCUGUGGUGGCCGAGGACUCAAGUGUAGCAUCCCUUCAUCAUCAACAGGUGGCGCUGUUGGCCACAGCCAACGGAACACACAUUGCUGUGCAGCUGGAGGAGCAGCAGACCUUAGAGGAGGCCAUCAGCGUGGCCACUGCUGCCAUGCAGCGGGGGGCCGUGACCCUGGAGACCACAGAGUCAGAGAGCGGCUGCUGAGCCCAAGAGAGCUGAUUCCCACACCAUGUUGGAGGAGGUGCUAUGCCUCACCGGCAUGCUUGCCUCCAAGAGCCCAGGCUGUGGCUGACGCAUGGAAGGUGGCCACGUAGGUCUCCAGGGCGAGAAGGCAGGAGGAAAACAGCCUAACAGAAGGCAACAGAGGCCUUGCCCAAGAGGAGAGUUGGACAUCUAGAAUCAGGGGAGUGUGUCAUGCUCAGGAGCUAAGGAGGACAAGCUUGAUCACCAGGCUGCACUCGGGCGUCCUCCCUUCAGAAUCAGCUGGACGCUCACUCUCCUCCCUCCAGGGAACACCCUUCCCGCCCUCAGUCCACUCCCCCUCUCAGGUGGCGACUGGGGCUGCUGUGAGGACUGGUCCUCCACUCUGAUUGGUCACUGUCCAUCAGGCGAGAGGCAGGCAGCUCUUCAGCCCAGAAGGGGCAGAGUAGGCCCAGCCCUGCCCCUCCCAGCAAUAACCACCUCCCCAGAGGCCAGCUGAGAUGCCUGGCCACUUGGCAGCAGGGACUUUCUGCCACUGCAGUCAGAAUUGCUCAGGGGCUGGUCGCUGGAGGAAAGGUGCCCAGCACCCCUCCCCCCAGCUGCCCCGAAACCUCUCUGUGGCAGAGAGGCAAGGAGCAGCCUUGUACAUACUGGGGAUUGGGUUUAAUUUGUUUUGUUUUUUAAUUCCAUUUUGAUAAUUUUUUUUCCUGCUCUGGGCGGUGGUGGCAAACGGGUGAAUGAGUAUUUAAUAAAAGUUCCAAGUUUUCA